AUGUUCUCCUUCACGACGUCGCAUGUCAUUCUCGCACUGUUCGUGCUUUUCUCGUGUCUUUCAAUAGUCCCUGCUGCUCCCGUAGCCCCCGCCGCAGAACUCGAAAAGAGAACUGACCACGAAGGUCUCGGAACAUGGUUCUAUCCGGGUUGGGGCAAUUGCGGCUAUUAUGACGGCGAUAACGACAAGAUCCUUGCAAUGUCGAAAUCUUUCUACGAUUCAAACGGCGGUUCCAACUGUAAUCAGUGGGUCGAAAUUGUCAACGAGGAUAACGGCAAGACAGCAUAUGGUCUUCUGAGGGACAGUUGCGAGAGUUGUGGAUGGAACGAUAUCGACAUGUCCCCGGGCCUUUUUCAGGAACUCGACGAACUCUCAACAGGGGAGAUCAAGGUCAAGUGGCACUUCAUGGAAAAGUCGUGGAGCCCGUAA